AUGAAUGAGAACGUUCGUAUCGUGUUUGUCCUCGACGGGCUGAACGACUCGCUGACCAACCGUCAGAUCUACUUUGCUCUCACACUGACGUCGUACCUCUUCACCGUCUUUGUGAACCUCACCCUCAUCCUCACUGUGUGUCUGGAUCAAACCCUCCACCAGCCGAUGUACGUCUUCAUGUGCAACCUGAGCUUCACUGGGAUCUGCGGAGCGUCCAGCUUCUACCUGAAGCUGCUCAGCGACCUUCUGGCUGACGCUCAUGUCAUCACAUACACCGGCUGCUUGACUCAGAUGUUCAUCUCUUACACUUAUAUCUUCUGCCAGCUCAGCAGUCUGACCGUCAUGGCGUAUGACCGCUACCUGGCCAUCUGCCAGCCGCUGCGUUACUGGGCUCUGAUGACUAGCCAGAAGGUGGCGCUGCUGUUGCUGCUCACCUGGUGUCUCUCAUCAGUGGAAACGGCUGUGGGCCUCGCCCUGAUGGCCAGACUUCGGCUCUGCAGCCACCACAUUCCCCGGAUCUUCUGCACCAACUGGGAGGUGGUGAAGCUGUCCUGCUCUGACACCUCCGCUAACAAUCUGUACGGCAUCACUUUGAUGUUUCUGCACUCCAUGCAGGUCAUAGUGAUCCUAGUGUCAUAUGUCCAACUGGUCCGAUCCGCCGCUCGCUCUCAGGAAGACCAGAAAAAGUUUGCUCAGACAUGCCUGCCCCACCUCGUCUCUCUGCUCGUCUUCUUCGCCUCGCUGCUGUUUGAUACUCUGUACUCCCGUUAUGGCGGCAGCUCCAUGCCGGCGCUGCAGAACGCACUGGCUGCAGAGUUUCUCGUGGUGCCGCCCAUCGUCAACCCCAUCAUCUAUGGCAUGAACCUGAAGCAGAUCAGGUCCCGAAUCAGCCUCCGGAUCAACUUUAGACCACAGUCAUAGAGAUGCCUUAAAAUAAAAUCACAAAACCAAAGUAUGC